GAAUGAAAGAAAUCUGCUUGAAACUGUGCGAAUAAUUUGCAUGAUUUAUGGCUUUUUAUCUGCUGUGAAAAUAUUUUUGACCUAAGUAGUAAUAAUAUAUAUUAUUAACUACAAUUGUAAUCUUACAGCAGGUUUCAAGCAGAAGUGUAACUUAAUGAGUGACAUGUUAAUACAUUAAACAUUUCUACAUUUUUAGUUUCAUUUUACUUAAUUCAUUGUUUGUGAUUUUGUGCUUUAUCUCCUGUAUUCUGAUGGCCUCUAUUCGGAAUUGUCUGCAACGUGAGAUAUUCACUCCUAAAGAAGAAAGACUUCUUGGAACAAUUCAGGUCUGGAAAGCAGGCAAGAGAAGGAAGACAUCAAUUUUAUGUGCAACAGUCUCAUCAGAAUGUCCUGUGCAGGUUUCACUGGUAAAGGUGAAGAUAUCUGAUCGAGGGCAGUACAAGCCAUGUAUUUACUGGACGCUGAGGAAUAUGCAGCUGGUAGAUGGGAAAGAUGCUGUCAAGGAAACUUGUGAAUUUGAUCUGCAUUUAGACAAGGUGUACAAGUGGGUGACAAAUACCUUUAAAGAAAAAAAAUCUUUUCUAAUUUGCCUCUGGAAGCUUAACCAGCGAUACCUACAAAAUAAAAUAACGUUUGUCAAUAUCAACCCUGAAAUCCUUGAAGACCUUGUACCAGAAACUCAGGAUCCAGAAAGUGGAGAAACUGGAGAAUCAGACAGGCAAGAAGAAUAUGAAAGAUAUCAAGAACUGUUAACUAAAGAGACCACAGAUCUUGAGAAGCUCAUGGAUCAAUGUGAGCAGGCAGUGGCUGACUCUGAGGCGUUUGUGCAAAUGCUAACGACAGACUUGCAAGUUCUCGAUCAGGCAAAUCUUAAAGAGAUAAUAAAUUCAGAAAAGCAAGUACACCUUAUUGUCCAAUUGAUUGAGGAAGCCCUUAAAGAGUCAGAGCAUCUUGAAAAACAGCUGAGUGCUCAUGAAGACCUCCUGCAUACUGUUAAGGAGCACAUGGAUAAUAUCCACCAGUUGCAGAUUAUUGACAGAAAUCAUCAAAAGCUAUAUGAAGAAGUGAUAUAUUUGGUGGAAAAUUUGACACUCUCUGAAGAGCAUGCAUGGAUUUUAAAUAAUGGAAAUCUAGAUGACCCUAAAGAUUUAGAACUCUGCAUAAAAGCAGUGCAGGCUUUGUCUGGUUGCUCAAGCACCAACUUGACUGCUGGUCAUCGUAAGCUUCAAGCUGUAGCCGAGCAAUUAAUCAAGUUUGAGAGCCUGAGACAAAAUUUUGAAAAUCGUUUUGUCAAUCACAUUAAUAAAAUGAUUGUUUUACAGGGAAUGGACCAAGAUUUUAUUCUGGAAAGUGAUAUUGAUAGCCUGGUUUUGAUGAGUCACUCUGCGCGUCAUCGGAAACUAAUGUCUUUUAAACCACUCAUGGAAUGGUUGAAAAACAAUAAUCCAGUCAUUUUCAAUGAUCUACUCAUGGUUUAUUCUGAAAGCCUUGGAAAACUUUAUGAACGGCAAUUGAAAGAAUUUUUUAGUCUUGCAAGAUUCAAAGUCACUGGAGCAAAGGAAAGCAGACGUUUCUCUUUCCCAGAUACCACUGAAAGAGGUUUACCACCUUCUUCAAACAUAACAUGGCCAAAGCUUAAUUUCUCUGUUCCUGACCGCCUUGAAAUGGAUGUAGGUCGCAGAGAAUUAGUGGACAAAGUUUUAGAGCAGGUGCUUUCUCAAUUAGAGCAUAUGUGCAUUGAAGAACAAGAAUUCAUUAUUUAUUUCUUUAAUGUGGAGAGUACAGAAGAUGAGAGUGAGUUAACAGUAAAUGCCAAUGAUUGUGUAGCAAGAGGACACAGAGACUCAUUUGAUGACAGGAAAGAUAAGGCUUCAAGCCUUCUGAUAAGAGGAGUCUUUGGCUGCAUUGAAGCAGACAUGUUAAACUUUGUUAACUUAUGUGAUAAAGUAGAACUGUUUAGCUGUCUACAUGUAUUACUUAGGAUAAGCCAGCAUGUGAAUAAGAUUCAGAACAAUCCUUGUGCAUCAUUCUUCUGCAAAGUGCUCAAAAUCUGUUUACUUCAGGCCAAGCACAACUUCCAUCAAUUAACUGAAGCUCAACGCAAAGAUAUUGAGAAUGCAAAGAUAGCAAAAAAAGCAAAAGUUGGUGUUUUGCCAUUUGUAAGUCGAUUGCAAGAGUUUCUUAUUCUUACAGAAAAUGUUUUUCGAAAUGCAGAAGAGCCCCGUGAUCUGAAUGAUGCCUACUGCAAGCUUAUUACUGCAACAUUUAACACCAUUGAAAACCUUUCAUCACAGUCUCUGAAGACACCUUCUCAAGUGGUGAUGAUAGAAAACUUCUAUUUUAUUUUUAACUUCCUUUCUGAACUGAAGAUCCCUGGGCUGGACCACAAGCGGAAGGAGGCAAAGAAAAAAUACACACAUUACCUGAACCUUUAUGUAACCACUAAUCUUGGCCUUCCUUUGGAAAAGCUCAAUGAAUUUUUUGAGGGAGUCAAAACUCGCAUGGCCCAGGGAAUUAAAGAAGAAGAAGUUGGUUUCCAGAUGGCCUACAACAAACAAGAACUGAGGAGAGUUAUUGAGAGAUAUCCAGGAAAGGAAGUGAGAAAGUCUUUGGAAACAUUAUACAAGAAUAACUUCAAACACCUGUCAGAUCCAUAUCUACUUCAGGUGGUGUGGCGAAUGAUGCAAGAUGACUUCAUUCGUCAGUAUCAGCAGUUUGUAGAGCUGAUUGAACGUUGUUAUCCAGGGUCUGGCAUUACAAUGGAAUUCACAGUGGAGGAUCUUCUAAAGUAUUUUUCUGAACUGGACUGUUCUGAUGUGUCAUAAUAGAGAGUAAAGCUACAAAAAACUGUAACAGUACAAGCUAUAGUAUAUGAAGUUUUUCUUUUGUCAGGCAGCUGAAUGUAUGAAGUAUAUGUAAAUUAAAGCUGUAAGAGCCAUAGAAAAUAAACAUAUGGAUAAGGAAAAUUACACUUGAUGAUUUUAAUCUAAAGAGUACAUUAAAACCUUUUUGUUUAUAUUUUUUAAUAUACACAAUACUUUUCUUUAUCAAAUUCAUUACUUGAUUUAAGUGAGUAAAUAUAUACUGUGUAAUACUUACAUAGUAUUGAUUUAAGGCAGCAAGGACUUGGGUUCAAUUGUUGACAAAGCCACUUUUUUUGUGGACUGAUUGUGUUUUUCUGUGUACAAGUGGAUCUAGAUUCUCCUGUUUUAAUCAGCACAAGCAGCCCGCUAUCCCAUCCCCCAACAAUGCAGCUGAAGUGAGAUGCAAAAUCCUCAGAGCUCAAUACUGUUUAUCUGGGUGUGUUGUUAUAUCGUUAUUUGGAAUAUAUACAUUUCAUGUUUGUUCCAUAUCUACAAUGAUUUGGAUAAAUGUAGGAUGGCAGGAAAUGCGAGACAAGAAAUGUUGAACACAUAACUAAAACAGAAAGUUUUUUUCAUGU